UCACAGUUGAGCCAUCGUGUCAUCGUGAGCCACAACACAAACCUACGUGUUGUGAACUUUACAGGAUGACCGGAGGGAACCUCAGUCUUUCUCGUAAUGAGACACUAGAGGCCUGGGUUCCAAUGUAAUGGCCACAUUUCGGACAGGAUGGCUUCUGUCCAUCUUGCUAGCCAACUUGGCAAACUGUUCUCCUCAUGCAGGUCGUCCUGUGCCCCCCUCUCAUGUCAGUUGCCAUAUCCCAUGUAAUGAGAAUAGCUGUGAUGUAGAUAUCCACUGCUUUUGGGAUCAGCCAGACCUACAGCCCAACACAACCUACAGCCUGCACUGGGAAUCAGCUGGCCGAGAGAAGAGUGGAAAUAGUUCAAAUGGGUUGAUCCAGCGUGAACACUUUUCUAGCCACAGUAAACUGCGCGUUUGGGUCCAGGCUAAGAACCAGUAUGGGUCUGAGAAGUCUCCUGAAGUUGUGUUCAACAACACAGCAGAUAUCAUUAAGCCACACCCUCCCAAAGACAUAUUAAGCUAUCAGGAGCCGUUGGAGAUUGAGUGGAAGUCAACUUGUGAACAGCUGCAGCUCUCUGUUGGAAACUGUGAAGUCCGACAUCAGGCUGAGACAGACCAAGCCUGGAUUCAGCAGGAUGAGGGUGGAAUUUCUGCCAACUAUGCUUUGGAGAAUUCCCAGCCCUGCACAGUUUAUGCAUUUCAAGUUCGUUGUGCAUGUAACAUAGGCUUGAUGAGUGACUGGAGUGAGACGCAUAGAAUAAAGAGAGCAGAAAGAGCUCCUAUUGGAAAGGUGGAUGUUUGGAGGGACUGUGGGAUAUCACCCACAAGCUCUGAUUGCAUCCUCACCUGGAAGAGGCUUCCUAUCUCUCAUGCCUGCGGUGACAUUCUAGGUUAUGAAGUCAGGUUAUUUUACAAUAGUAGCACGGAAAAGCUCUUGAAUGAGCCUGCUGCUGAGCCAAUGGUCCAUUUGGUGUGUGAUGAGAUGCAGUGCCACCUCAACUACUCCUUAAAGGGCGUCUCAUCAGUCAAUGUAUCUGCUUACAAUGCUCUUGGUGCCACGUUUCCAACUCAUCUAGAUUUGCCAAUGUCAGGAGAAGAGAAUAAUGACCAAGCUAUUGAAUUGGAGAUGAAAGAGAAGAGCCUCACUGUGUCCUGGGAUGUAACCUCUCAGCUCUCUGACAACCUGAAGGAAUAUGUGGUGCAAUACAAACAAGCAGGCAGCCCUCUGGGUGAAGGAUUUGAUUGGGUUAGAGUGGAAAAAAGCCAGAGAACAGGAGUAUUUAAAGGUCAAUUUAAGAAGUACACACCUUACCAAGUAUCUCUGUUUACUGAAUUACACAGCGGGAAGGGCCGUUACCUUUCUUCAAAUAUUGCACAUUUUGUUCAAGGAAGCCCAUCCAGAGUGCGAUCUUUUAAAGUACUUUCCAGCAGUUCCACUCAUGUCACCUUAUUUUGGGAGCCUGUUCUGAUGUCCAAGCAGAAUGGAGUGACACCGUACUACCAAAUAGGAGUAAACCAGCAAAAUGUGUACACUGUAAGUGCUUACCCACAGCACAAAAACAGGACUUAUGAGCUGCCAAAUCUCACUCAAGGCCAGGAAUAUGAGGCUUGGAUUAGAGCUGUAAAUGGAGCUGGACCUGGACCCAAUACUACCACACAUUUCAAUACAGAACGCAAUGAGGCCUACCUCAUAAUUGUCCUGUGGGCGAUUGUUGUUAUUGUAAUCAUUAUUCCACUUGCAGUACUUGUUUUUUUCAGAUGUCCACUAGUGCCGUCUUUCUUGCAUGAAAAAGUCCCAGAUCCCAGAAAUAGCCACAUCUUCUGCCAGAUGACGCACCAGAGUAAUGACUUCCUUCCUUGGAUCUGUAUUCCCGUCCAUGAGCCACAUCCCAAAAUCUCUUUGUUGGAAGUAGUGGAAAUUCCACCAUGGGCUUCCCGGUCCCCACAGGAGACAACCUCCCAAACUGACGGAUUAACCAGACCGUUGGUGGGAAAUGGAAAUAAUGAGACAGACAAUGCCCUCCCAGAGGAGAGUGAAACGAUACACCACAAAUAUGGAAGAGAGGAAUACAGUAAAAUGGUUGACUCCGAUGAGGAAAGGGACAAGGAAAAUGAGGAGGAAGGGGCUGAUUCUUGGAGCUGUACAGAGGAAGAUCUUUUGUCUGGAUACGAAAAACACUUUAUGCCAACUGUUUUAGAAAUAUUGGAAGUUUGAUGAUGUCUUCGUAUUUUCAGCCAUUUACUGAAAGUUUUUUUUAUGUGGACAGGAAUGAAGAAACUGUUAACUCUCUGUUGGUCAACUCAGGUUACUGACAACUGGUGACUGAAAAUAGUGGUCAGGCAGUCGCUGUCUACCUUGGCUGUGACUAUAUGCACCUUUUUUGUACUGCUUUCGGCAAGUUUAGUUUUGGUUUUUAUCAUUAUGUACACUUGAAUUUUUCUUUUGCUCUUAUUUUAAGUCUUGGUUUAAGAUUAUAAAAAACAGAUAAAAACAACAAAAGUGGAUAAAAAAAGUGACAAAUGGAUCAUCCAUGCAUUCAUUAUUUGUUGUGGGCAUUGAUACAAAUUCAUGUAGAAGUUUAAAUGUACAGUCAGGAAAGCACAAGUAUUUUAUUUGAAUGAGUAAAAGUAUGUAUUAUUCUUAGAGAUUUUUUUUUUUUUUUUUUUUCCAAAAAGGUACGUUUUACCCUACUUUGGCAGUGGGUUUAGGUUAUAAAAUGGUCAUAGAAACAGUCAAGUGUUUCCCAUACUUUAAAACCAUCAAUGUGAUAAGCUAUGCUCUUUAUUGUCUCUCAUAUGAGAUUUGACGUGUAUGAAAUGGAUCUGUGAAUCACAAAAUUACCCAACUACUUCAGAACUGCAAAACUUAAAGGAGACUGGAUCUUUUUAUUUCAAUGAACAUAUAUAAUUUCAGGUGCUAUUAUAUUUCAGGUAAAUGUUUUAUUUCCCCCUCCAGUGUUUGAUUCUAAUAAAUACAAUGAAAGUUUAAAUGUUUAACUGUUUUAGGUAUUUGAAUGAAUAAAAUAUUUUCAUAUUUUUCUUAAGA